CGUGAUGUUGCCCAUGUAGAGGCAUAUUCACCAACUGCAGAGAGUGUCGACGGCGAUUUGAUAUCGCGAGCUCGACGUCAACAACGAGCCGCAUUGCCUUGGCGAGCGCAUGACUCAGCAGAGGUAUACACGUGACUCAGCUUCCCUCUCCCUCGGCUCAUUUUAUGGGAAGAGAGACACCCCGCCGACGAAAUAUAAAUAACUAUAGAAAUUAAAGCAAUAUCAAAAGGAAAACGUGUCUAUUCGAAGCAUAUACCAGUGAAUCAGCCAGCCCGUGACGAUUAUACAGUAUCUUUGCAUGUUUCUCGUCCUUCACUAAUACAAUAUCUGGCGUUCGCGUCUCCCAAGGCACAUUCUAUUCGGCUCGGUUCAGCUCUAAUAUUACCCGAUCUUAUCGAGGCAACUUUAUAUCAACUUAUAUUGUAGGGUUCUGAAUGCUGGACGAUAUGGCGUCUGGCGGAGAUCUUCGCCAUGAAGCAUUGCUCUUACUCCCUAGCACGUCCUCAACCUCAUAUUCUUCUUUGAAAGCUGCAUACAACCCCGCGUUGUCAAUCAUCCUUGCCGAACUUUCCAGUCCUAUCAAAGGAACUAGUAGUAAAGCGGUAUUAGAUAUCGCAAUUACCGCACGUGGUUUAGCUGCACCGGAUUCUGCACCGCGAGGCAGGUCGUUCGUGCAUUUACAACAGCUGCUGGCUUCUUUCUAUAGGCUCCUCGGCGUGACGAGUGUUGCACAAGCGGUUGAAUUGGACGGGCCCGGGGGGGUGGAUGCAAGAGUGUUUUUCCUUGACGAUAGCGAGAAUGGCAGCGACAAUAACGAUGGUGGUGAUACAAAUCGCUCCCAGGUCUCGCGUGCUAAUCUGGGCCCAAUUAUCCAUCUGACCGAUUUCGCAGCUUCAGGUCGUUCCUGGGAAAGCAUUUUUUUUCUCGGGACAAGAGAAGGGGAUAUGCUCCUGAAUGCGCUUACCACGACAGCAAAGAAACGAGGGCUGUCAAAUCUGGCCCCCACCAUUCGAAGGCUUCCAGGCGUGUCAGCGUUACAGCCGCAGCCAACGGUUCUUGAGCCACUCGCACUGCAUCCGCGACGCCAUUAUUCCGUUGCAGUUGGCGGUACUUUUGACCAUCUGCAUGCAGGGCACAAACUCCUGCUCACAGCGACUGCCCUUGCUAUUGAUGAAGUGCCGCCAGGAUCUAAGCCGGUUCAAAGGACCAUCACCAUUGGCAUCACUGGGGAUGAGCUGCUGGUGAAUAAACAAUAUGCAGAGUACCUAGAAAGUUGGGAUGAGCGAUGGCAGGGAGUUUGGGGAUUUAUGGAAUCAGUGAUACAUUUCUCCCCACCACUUGCGAAGCAGUAUGCCACCCCGGCCGCGACCGCCAAAAUUGAAUAUGUUCACCAUCCCGCUCCAAAUGGCAAGUAUGUCCGCGUGCGGGUGUCAUCGGACCUGGAUAUCAAAUUCGUUCAGAUUUCUGACCCAUUCGGCCCCACUAUCACGGACGAAGCCAUAAGCGCUUUGGUCGUAUCCAAGGAGACUCGAUUGGGCGGGCAAGCCGUGAAUGACGAGCGUGAGAAGAAAGGGUGGUCGAUGCUCGAGGUUUUUGAAGUUGAUGUCUUGGACGCCAGUGAAGGUGAAAGCCAAGGAGAGAAUGUGGAGAAUUUUGAGACCAAGAUCAGCAGUACACAAAUUCGCCGACGUCAGAUGAACUUGGCUAAGGGAAAUCUAUGAGGAUAUAGAGUCUGUCAUCUCCAUUUGUCUUUUAACAGCGACUGAUUGUUGAUUCUCCCUUUGUUUCCCUUCUUUUAAGAAUGUGUACGGGGGAAUAGAUAAAUCCAAUAAACCGAAGUUCUUCCCUUAUCUUUACCCUGCACCGUGAGCCGACACACCUUUCUCAGGCAAAAUGGUCAUCUUUUGUCCCGUUUAGAUAAUGCCCUAGCUCUGUCUUAACCAUGGCCACGGAAUCGGAAGACUAGGAAACCCGAAUUUUAUUCUUGUAAAAUGGGGGCUCAGUGUUUGACCGGGAUUUGGGCCUAAUUGAAACAAAACACGCAAGGGUCGGCGUUGGUGCUCCAAGGCAUUCAAUGGCCUUCACAUCUGCAUGGAACACCACAAAUUCCUUUUUUUGUGUAUACAGUUUCCACAACUCCAUAUUGUGUAGAUACCCGACUAGCGCUGCGCAGUUUUUUUGUUGGCAUUACUACCCCGUAUUUGUUAAAGCAUGCCCUGGACAACUGCCAGCAAAUGCCAUCGUUCAUCACGGUGGAAAGUGAAAAUGUGCAGUAAAAAUAAACCCCUAACUCAAACCACGACGUCGUGUGGCGUCGUAACGAGGGGCUGAAGAAAAAGCAAAUAAAAGAACAGCAUGCUACUGGGGCAUCGUGGCCGCUUCUUCCAUCGAGGGCUGAACACAGCAGGGAGAGGGUGCAGGAACAAUUAGAGAGCAGAGUACGGAGUACUCCGUAGUAAAAUAACGAAAUGGAAAAAGAAAGCAAAACGGAACAAAUGUUUCCUUUUGAAGAAUUCAUCAUUCGCAGGGGAAUUAUGUGAGUAGAUGGAGUUAGUUGUAUGCAGCAUUCGAGCAAGGAUGCGGCAUCCGGGCGCUAAAAGAAGGGCACGACUGGGCCAACAAGCAGGUUGCCAGCUCCACUAAGGAGAGAGAGCGGGACUUACAUGAAAAUUUUCCUUCUUC